AAGUAGUAGAGGAGGCAUCUCGCCAUGUUGUAGCAACACCACCUCAGCGAAGCACUACGCCCCGCACUUCUUUUAAUCAAGGGUCGACCCGUAUUGGACCGCCGUCGAAGAAGCUCGAGCCCUCACGCUAUCGGCAGGCAACCCUGAGUUUCGGGCGGUCGCAAAACACUCCCGCUCCGACUCUGCACGUCGUCCCUCCUGUUGUUUCAGGACCAUCUACAGCUCCGACUUCGUCAUCGGACACCGAACUUGAAGACGUGGCCGAACGAAAGUACCAGGAGGCUCUCUGGCAAUUUAAAAAGCGGUGGAGUACUGACUUUCCUUGGCUUGUGCUUAAUCAGACCCGUGCAGGAUUCCCGGCUUUGAAGUGGAAGCCCUCGCGGCCAGAGAUGCUGCCAACGCGCUGCCUGAGCUGGGAAUUGUGGAUGCCAUCAUCCGCGCGGUUGCUGAGCUGCUGGGGCGUUCACACAACUGGCACAAGAUGUUCAAGGACCUCCAAAAGAUCUUCACGGCGACAAAUCUGGAGAUGCAAGGGAUUCACCUUGUUCGGUGGCUCAGUCGUGGCGGCGCCAUUCUGAGGCUAGUGGCGGUGCUUCCUGCCGUCAUCGUUCUGCUGCACCUCUACGACAAACCCAUGUACCACAUCGUCACAUCGUACAAGUUUCACUUUUUCCUGUACUUCCUCGCCGACGUGCACGAGGAGCUCAACAGCCUCAAUCUGCUGUUCCAGAAGCGCGAGAUCGACCUGACGGGCGUGCAGUCGCAGGUACGGCGAACGAUCGUCUUCAUUCGUUCGCGCUACGUCAACUGCGGGCCUAACUUCGGCACGAACAGCGAUCGCCUGUCCAAGUUUCUGGAGCGCCACGCCAGCAACCGAGAUGUGAUCGUGCAGGGCGUCGAUGCAGACGGAAUGGAGCGAGUGCAUCAAUUCGAGCUUCACGAGGAGCCGCUGCCAAACUACACCACUGCCCGCGGCGACAAAGCUUCCUGCACGCUCACCUGUCGCUCCUACGCGACCGAGCUCAUCUACAACGUGCAGCUGCGGCUCGGCGACCUUGAGCGGCUCAACGGGUCAAAGCUGUGGAUGCCCCGAACAUGGCCGCGGAACACGGAGGCGAGGGACGAGGAGUGCGCCGAGCACUUUGACAGCGUGGUCGAACUCUUCCACGCCAGCGACCGCGUUGAAAUUCUGCCAGGAGUCGACAAGCGGCUGGCACGCAAGGAACUCAGCACCCUCGUGCCAGUGCUUGCUGGUGUGCCAAAAGAGGAGCAGCCAUUCCAUGCCGGACUUGCAGCCAUCCUGGAGACCAGCGACUGGCCGCGCAGCUACCCGAAUCUCGUGCGCCUGUGGGUGGCUGUGGCAGUGCUUCCUCUCAGCACUGUUGAGUGCGAGAGGGGAUUCUCGCGACAAAAUGUGAUUAAGAGCUGGAACCGGACGAGUCUGUGCAACGGGAAGCUGGAGGAUCUGAUGUGCAUGAGUUUGCUAGAGUAUGACAUGAACUGGGAUAGGGUCAUUGAGGUGUGGCGCGGCAUGAAGAAGAGACGGCCAAGGAGGGCCCACCAGAGCGAAGUGCGUGCGAGGAAGUCUGCCAAGGGCAAAGAGAAAGUGGUGGUGUUGUCCGAAGAGGAGCAUGAUGAUGAGGCACGAGCGGACGAUGAGAACAGCUGCUCCAGCAGCGGGUUUAGUUCUAGUGAUGAUGAGGAGGAUGGUGGAAACUUCUGAGUCGAGCCACAUGUAUGCUGCAGUACUGUGAAUAUUGAUUAUCUCUGGUGUUA